CAGUAGGCUACACGCACACGGUUUACACAUAUCGAAUAACGUACACUGUUUAAUCGUGUGCAGUCAAUAGAACGAACGUCUUGUUUAAAUUGAGGCCAAAUUCUUACUUCCUGGUUGAUCAACAUUCUUAGAAGACGCACGACAUGGCUGGAGUCAGGAUACAUCAUCUUAUUCUAGUAUGUUUCUUUAGUCUACAAUUCGAGCCUCUAUUCGCUGCUUUUGAUAAUGUAGCCGUUGGGAAGACUGCAUAUCAGAGUUCACACAUUGACAAUACACCUGCAGGAAACGCUGUGGAUGACAACACCUCUCAAAGUUUUAAGUUUUGUAUUAUUACCAACGUUAACCAGCCAUACACCUGGUGGGAGGUGGAUCUGGGUCAAGAAUAUUUCAUUCAUCAAGUCGUCAUCUACUUCAGGACAGACUGGGAGUGGAGACGAAAAGGAAUCCAGGUAUACACAUCUACGUCAGCACAGCAGGGUAAUGGAGGGCAAUCUUGUGGUUUACAAAUCGCAGGUAGAGAUGACGGAUCUGACAUUGACGAUAUAACCACUAGAACAUGUGAUGUCACAGGAAGGUACGUGACGCUCUACCAAGACUACAACAAUCCUAAAGGCUCAACAUGUAUGGAUUUCUGUGAAGUUGUUGUAAAGGGUGGUUGA